ACUAGUAUAAAAAAAAAACUUGCGUGCGCUGCGCUUUGGUUUUGCUUUCUUUGAUUGAUUUUCUACGAAUUUAGCGGUUUGUUUAAACUUUAUUUCUGUAACUGAUACUGACGCAAUAAUUACAAGGAAAUCCUCAUAAUUUAUUUCUGCUUUGUUAAGGAAAAUGGAGUUAGACCCAUGGGUGCACUGUCCAUACGACAAGAUUCACCGCGUGCCGCUUUCUCGGCUUCAGGCUCACAUUAUAAAGUGUGAAAAGAACUACCCAAAGCUAGAAAUCUGCCCUUACAAUGCCACCCAUAGGUAUACCAAAGAAGACAUAGAAGAACACAUCAGAUUAUGUCCUGCAAAGCUAGCAAUGUUCCCUGAGGAGCUGCCGAAGGCUACCGGUGCGCUGACAACACCGAAACCUAUUUUGCAGAAGGAUUACCUGCCGGAGACCGAUCCUAACCACGAAAUUUGGGAUCAAUGACUGAGAAUGCAAUUCUAGCUGUCUGCCAUACUUUAGCUUAAGAAAUGUCCUAUUUUCAUGCACUUAUUAGUUAUAUUCUUGCACGCAUACGCGCUUGUAACAGGAAAGGAUAGACGCCCUGAGCCGAGGUUCGCGCCCAACUGGGCACCCUCAGGCCUGCGGGCUUAGCACCGUAUGCGCGCGACUCUUUCUCGCCUCGACAUACGUGAUCCAUCUCUCUCACACUAUACUGCACAGAAAGAGACAGAUGAUCUCUGUCGUAAGAGAGUCGCGUGCUUACGGUGCUAAGCCCGCUGGUGUCUUAAAUAUUGUACUUGUCAUUCCCGAGUUGUAAAAACAACCAUAGUUUUACUGCACUGUACUAUUAAGUUUUAAUUUUAAAAUAAGAACUUAUUUUUCGUUGUUAUCUCUGACUUUUCGUGAUUAUAAUUAAAAAGUAUUAUUACUUAGUUCUAAGGUAAAUACCAUAAAUAAAACGUUAUAUUUUUUUUAAUAA